AUGGCGCACGACACUCCACCAGUGUACGUGUCCAAUACUCGGCAGUUGCAAGGUUUUGUAGCCCUAAAGAAAAUCGAACAACUACGUCUUUGUGUUGAGAUUACGGAGAACAAGGACGACAGAGCAAGAGAGAAGACUAAAACAAACUUCAGUUUUAGCUCAGAAGUAGAAGCGUCAAAAGUUGAGUCCAGAGACGAUAAUUACAGUGGGAGUUACGAUGGUUGCAGUUCAGAGAAGGAAGAAGAGGACAAUGAGAUUGAUUGCUCUAGUAUUGUGGAAGGAGAAAAUCAGAACGUAGGCGGAGAAGAUGAAACAUGCAAAGAAAACAAAGAAGACGAUGAAUUUGAUAGCCGAUUUGAUAUGUUCGAUGACUCGGACGGUGCGUCAUCUGAAGAUGAUAACUUCAGCUCAUACGGUGAGUCUCCUUUAGAAGGCGAAGAGUCACCAACGAUACCUCCCAAGAAGAUAUAUCAGAACUUCUCGAUGAGCGGGUCUAAAGAGAGUGAGGAGGUUCUUCUAAGGUUGGAGAUGUCGUCGUUAAAUCUUGCGGUAGGGCAACGAUACGAGAGUAAAGCCGAUUUGGAGAGACGAUUGAAACUUCUUACGGUGAAGGAUCGAUUUGAUUAUGAUGUAGACAUAUCAACCCAAACAUUAUUCAUUGUUAAGUGUUGGGUUGAUGGAUGUAUCUGGAGGGUUUGUGCUUCUACCAAAGGGGAAUCCCCGGCGUUCUAUGUUUAUAUUUUAGGAGAGUUGUACAAGAACUUUCUCGGCGACGUUGGUCCGGCCGUUCGCCCUACGAGUGUUGGAAUAGCUAUCACUAAGCAGUUUGGUGUAAAGAUGGAAUAUUGGAAAUCUUACCGGACGCUGAAAUUUGCAAGGGAAAUUGUUCAGGGAACACCUGAGAGUGGGUUUGAACGCUUGGCUUCUUACUUAUACAUGAUAAUAAGGGAAAAUCCGAGUACAGUUGCGCGUCUUCAAAUCGAUGAGAAUGGAAAAUUCAUGUAUGUGUUUCUUGCGUUUGGUGCGAGCGUAAAUGGGCUUCCUUUCAUGCGCAAAGUUGUGGUUGUCGACAGUACGUUUCUUAAUGGUAGAUACAAAGGGACGAUUCUCACAGCACUAGCUCAGGAUGGUAACUUUCAGAUUUUUCCAAUAGCCUUCGCAGUGGUUGACACUGAAAAUGAUGAUUCCUGGCAUUGGUUUUUUACGCAACUAAAACUUUUGAUUCCUGACGACGAGGGUCUUGCGAUAAUCUCGGAUAGGCAUAACUCGAUUGGGAAAGCAAUUACAAAUGUGUAUCCGCUUGCUUCUCGUGGAAUUUGCACGUACCAUCUAUAUAAGAAUAUACUGGGACGGUACAAAGGAAAAGAUGCAUUUCGUCUGGUGAAGAAAGCGGCGAGAUGUUUUAGGAUGUCUGACUUUACUCAGAUUUUGGAGGAGAUUGAAGCGAUUAAUCCAGCACUCCACGGCUACCUCCAAAGGGCUGAUGUCCGACUGUGGACGUGUGUUCAUUUUCCGGGCGAGAGGUACAAUUUGAUGACUACGAACAUAGCGGAAUUAAUGAACAGAGCAUUGUCGAAUGCUAGAGGUCUUAACAUUGUUCGGAUAUUAGAAUCGAUACGGGUUAUGAUGACCAGAUGGUUUGCUGAACGAAGAGAGGAUGCCAGAUCGCAGCGAACCACGCUUACUCGUGGUGUGGAGAAACUACUACAUGGUCGUGUAACUGCCGCCAGAGAUUUAGCGGUACAGAGGAUUGAUGAUCAUCACACUGAAGUUAAAUAUGGAUCUUCCGGCGAGUCUUUGCAUGUUGUUAAUUUGGUAGAGCGAAAGUGCACAUGUCGCCGUUUCGAACUCGAGAAAUUACCAUAUGUACACGCAAUCGCAGCGGCGGAGUACAGGAAUGUUUCUCGUAUAUCCCUGUGCAGUCCUUACUAUACCAGCAAUUAUUUGGUUAGCGCAUACGCUGAAUCGGUCAUGCCGGUUGAUUCAGCGCAACCUGUUCCAGAACUCGUGGCUAACCAACGCUGCUUGCCCCCGACUGUACGUCAACCACCAGGCAGACCGAAGAAAAAUAGGAUGAAAUCUGCUUUAGAAGUUGCACUAUCAAACAAACGUCCUAGGAAAGAGCACACAUGUUCUCAAUGUAGACAGACUGGUCAUAAUGCGAAAACUUGUCCGAUGUAA